AUGCAACUGCGUGGAAUCAGCCUGGCUGCCGGCUUGUUCUUACUGGCCCUCAGUCUUUGGGGGCAGCCUGCAGAGGCUGCGGCUUGCUAUGGUUGUUCUCCAGGAUCAAAAUGUGACUGUAGUGGUGUAAAAGGAGAAAAGGGGGAGAGAGGGUUUCCAGGUUUGGAAGGCCAUCCAGGUUUGCCUGGAUUUCCAGGUCCAGAAGGGCCUCCAGGGCCUCGGGGACAAAAGGGUGAUGAUGGAAUUCCAGGGCCACCAGGACCAAAAGGGAUCAGAGGUCCUCCUGGACUUCCUGGAUUUCCAGGGACACCAGGUCUUCCUGGAAUGCCAGGCCACGAUGGAGCCCCAGGACCUCAAGGUAUCCCAGGAUGCAAUGGAACCAAGGGAGAACGUGGAUUUCCAGGCAGUCCCGGUUUUCCUGGUUUACAGGGUCCUCCAGGACCUCCUGGGAUCCCAGGUAUGAAGGGAGAACCAGGUAGUAUAAUUAUGUCAUCGCUGCCAGGACCAAAGGGUAAUCCAGGAUAUCCAGGUCCUCCUGGAAUACAAGGCCCAGCUGGUCCCACUGGUUUACCAGGGCCAAUUGGUCCCCCAGGACCACCAGGUUUGAUGGGCCCUCCUGGUCCACCAGGACUUCCAGGACCAAAGGGGAAUAUGGGCUUAAAUUUCCAAGGACCCAAGGGUGAAAAGGGUGAGCAAGGCCUUCAGGGCCCCCCUGGGCCACCUGGACAGAUCAGUGAACAGAAAAGACCAAUUGAUGUAGAGUUUCAGAAAGGAGAUCAGGGACUUCCUGGUGACCGAGGGCCUCCUGGACCUCCAGGGAUACGUGGUCCUCCGGGUCCUCCAGGUGGUGUGAAAGGUGAGAAAGGUGAGCAAGGAGAGCCUGGCAAAAGAGGUAAACCAGGCAAAGAUGGAGAGAAUGGGCAGCCAGGAAUUCCAGGUUUACCUGGUGAUCCUGGUUCCCCUGGUGAACCAGGAAGGGAUGGAGAAAAGGGCCAAAAAGGUGACAUUGGCCCAACUGGGCCUCCUGGACUUGUAAUCCCUAGGCCUGAGACUGGUGUAACUGUGGGAGAAAAAGGAAGCAUUGGUUUACCUGGCUUGCCUGGAGAAAAAGGAGAGCGAGGAUUUCCUGGAAUACAGGGUCCACCCGGCCUCCCUGGACCUCCAGGGACUGCAGUUAUGGGUCCUCCUGGCCCCCCUGGCUUUCCUGGAGAAAGGGGCCAGAAAGGUGAUGAAGGUCCACCUGGACUUUCUAUUCCUGGAUCUCCCGGACUUGAUGGACAGCCUGGGGCUCCUGGACUUCCAGGGCCUCCUGGCCCUCCUGGCCCUCAAAUCCCUCCUAGUGAUGAUAUAUGUGAAGCAGGCCCUCCAGGCCCUCCAGGAUCUCCAGGUGAUAGAGGACUCCAAGGAGAACAAGGAGUGAAAGGUGACAAAGGUGAUACCUGCUUCAACUGUAUUGGAACUGGUAUUUCAGGGCCUCCAGGUCAACCUGGUCUGCCAGGUCUUCCAGGUCCUCCAGGAUCUCUUGGUUUCCCUGGACAGAAGGGAGAAAAAGGACAUGCUGGUCCAACCGGUCCCAAAGGAUUAACAGGCAUACCGGGAGUUCCAGGUCCUCCAGGCUUUCCUGGAUCUAAAGGUGAACCUGGUGACAUCCUCACUUUUCCAGGAAUGAAGGGUGACAAAGGAGAGUUGGGUUCCCCUGGAGCCCCCGGGCUUCCUGGUUUACCCGGUACCCCUGGACAGGAUGGACUACCAGGGCUUCCUGGCCCCAAAGGAGAACCUGGUGGAAUUGCUUUUAAGGGUGAAAGAGGCCCCCCUGGGAAUCCAGGCUUGCCAGGUCUCCCAGGGAAUAGGGGGCCUAUGGGCCCUGUGGGUUUUGGCCCUCCAGGCCCAAUAGGUGAAAAAGGCAUACAAGGUGUGGCAGGAAAUCCAGGCCAGCCAGGAAUACCAGGUCCUAAAGGUGAUCCAGGUCAGACCAUAACCCAACCCGGGAAGCCUGGUCUGCCUGGUAACCCAGGAAGAGAUGGUGAAGUAGGUCUUCCAGGUGACCCUGGACUUCCCGGCCAGCCAGGCUUGCCAGGAAUACCUGGUAGCAAAGGAGAACCAGGUAUCCCUGGAAUUGGGCUUCCUGGACCACCUGGUCCCAAAGGUUUUCCUGGAAUUCCAGGACCUCCAGGAGCACCUGGGACACCUGGAAGAAUUGGUCUAGAAGGCCCUUCUGGGCCACCAGGCUUUCCAGGACCAAAGGGAGAACCAGGACUUGGGCUACCUGGGCCACCUGGGCCCCCAGGACUCCCAGGUUUCAAAGGAACACUUGGUCCAAAAGGGGAUCGUGGUUUCCCAGGACCUCCAGGUCCUCCAGGGCGUGCUGGCUUGGAUGGGCUUCCUGGACCAAAAGGUGAUAUUGGGCCAAAUGGACAACCUGGGCCAAUGGGACCUCCUGGGCUUCCAGGGAUAGGUGUUCAGGGACCACCAGGGCCACCAGGGAUUCCUGGACCAGUAGGCCAACCUGGCUUACAUGGAAUACCAGGAGAGAAGGGAGAUCCAGGACCUCCUGGGUUUGAUGUUCUAGGACCCCCUGGUGAGAGAGGCAGUCCAGGAAUUCCUGGAGCACCUGGUCCUAUGGGACCCCCAGGAUCACCAGGGAUUCCAGGAAAAGGAGGUGCCUCUGGAUUUCCAGGUGCCAAAGGUGAAAUGGGUAUGAUGGGACCUCCAGGCCCACCAGGACCUUUGGGAAUUCCUGGCAGGAGUGGUGUUCCUGGUCUCAAAGGUGAUAAUGGUUUGCAGGGUCAGCCAGGACCUCCUGGCCCUGUAGGAGAAAAAGGUGGUAAAGGAGAGCCUGGCCUUCCAGGCCCUCCUGGACCAAUGGAUCCAGAUCUGCUGGGCUCAAAAGGAGAGAAGGGGGACCCUGGAUUACCAGGUAUUCCUGGAGUUUCAGGACCAAAAGGUUACCAGGGUUUGCCUGGAGACCCAGGGCAACCUGGACUGAGUGGACAACCUGGAUUACCAGGACCAUCAGGUCCCAAAGGUAACCCUGGUCUCCCUGGGAAGCCAGGACUUACAGGACCUCCUGGACUUAAAGGAAGCAUUGGUGAUAUGGGUUUUCCAGGCCCUCAGGGUGUGAAAGGGUCUCCUGGACCUCCUGGAGUUCCUGGACAACCUGGCUCCCCAGGAUUACCUGGACAGAAAGGAGAAAAAGGUGAUCCUGGUAUUUCAGGCAUUGGUCUUCCAGGUCUUCCUGGCCCAAAGGGUGAACCUGGUCUGCCCGGAUAUCCAGGAAACCCGGGAAUCAAAGGUUCUAUGGGAGAUACUGGUUUGCCUGGAUUACCAGGGACCCCUGGAGCAAAAGGACAUCCAGGCCUUCCUGGAUUCCCUGGAACCCCAGGACUUCCUGGACCAAAAGGUAUUAGUGGUCCUCCUGGGAACCCUGGCCUUCCAGGAGAACCUGGUCCUGUAGGUGGUGGCGGUCGUCCUGGGCCACCAGGGCCUCCAGGUGAAAAAGGCAGUCCGGGUCAAGAUGGUAUCCCUGGCCCAGCUGGACAGAAGGGUGAACCAGGUCAACCAGGCUUUGGAAUCCCAGGACCCCCUGGACUUCCAGGACUUUCUGGUCAAAAGGGUGAUGGAGGAUUACCUGGCAUUCCAGGAAACCCUGGACUUCCUGGUCCAAAGGGAGAACCAGGCUUUCAGGGUUUUCCUGGUGUGCAGGGUCCUCCAGGCCCUCCUGGUUCUCCAGGUCCAGCUCUGGAAGGCCCUAAAGGCGACCCUGGGCCCCAAGGUCCUCCUGGGAGACCAGGUCCUACAGGUUUUCAAGGUCUACCAGGUCCAGAAGGUCCCCGGGGUCUCCCUGGAAAUGGAGGUAUUAAAGGAGAGAGAGGAAACCCAGGCCAACCUGGGCAACCUGGUUUGCCUGGUUUGAAAGGAGAUCAAGGACCACCAGGACUCCAGGGUAAUCCUGGUCGGCCAGGUCUCAAUGGAAUGAAAGGAGAUCCUGGUCUCCCGGGUGUUCCAGGAUUUCCAGGCAUGAAGGGACCCAGUGGAAUACCUGGUUCAACUGGCCCUGAAGGGGAUCCAGGACUUGUUGGCCCCCCAGGUCCCCCUGGAUUACCUGGUCCUUCAGGACAGAGUAUUAUAAUCAAAGGAGAUGUUGGUCCACCAGGGAUCCCAGGCCAGCCUGGAUUAAAAGGUCUACCAGGACUACCAGGACCUCAAGGCUUACCAGGCCCAAUUGGCCCUCCAGGAAAUCCUGGACGCAACGGACUCCCAGGCUUUGAUGGUGCAGGAGGGCGCAAAGGAGACCCAGGUCUGCCAGGCCAGCCAGGUACCCGUGGUUUGGAUGGUCCCCCUGGACCAGAUGGAUUGCAGGGUCCCCCAGGCCCCCCAGGAACCUCCUCUAUUGCCCAUGGAUUCCUCAUCACACGUCACAGCCAGACAACAGACGCACCACAAUGCCCACAUGGAACUGUCCAGAUUUAUGAAGGCUUUUCUCUCUUGUAUGUUCAAGGAAAUAAAAGAGCUCAUGGUCAAGACUUGGGGACGGCUGGCAGCUGCCUUCGUCGCUUCAGUACCAUGCCUUUCAUGUUCUGCAACAUCAAUAAUGUUUGCAACUUUGCUUCAAGAAAUGACUAUUCUUACUGGCUGUCCACCCCAGAGCCCAUGCCAAUGAGCAUGGAACCCCUGAAGGGCCAGAGCAUCCAGCCAUUCAUUAGUCGAUGUGCAGUAUGUGAAGCUCCCUCCAUGGUGAUUGCAGUUCACAGUCAGACCAUCCAGAUUCCCCACUGUCCUCAGGGAUGGGAUUCUCUCUGGAUUGGCUAUUCCUUCAUGAUGCACACAAGCGCAGGAGCAGAGGGCUCAGGUCAAGCCCUGGCCUCCCCUGGUUCCUGCUUGGAAGAGUUCCGUUCAGCUCCUUUCAUUGAAUGUCACGGCCGGGGUACCUGCAAUUACUAUGCCAACUCCUACAGCUUUUGGCUAGCAACUGUAGAUAUGUCAGACAUGUUCAGCAAACCUCAGUCAGAAACGCUGAAAGCAGGAGACUUGAGGACACGAAUUAGCCGAUGUCAAGUGUGCAUGAAGAGGACAUAA